UUGAGGUUGGACCGCCAACCUUUCAUCUAAAGUUUAAUUGAAGCCAUUGACGAUGACUCCCUGAUCCCAUAACCUUGUCAAUGGCACCAACAACAGUCAAAUCUGAAGACCAUGACAAUGCCACGAUCAACAGUCCCCAGUUGGACCUUCCCUGAAGUUACAAUAUCUGCUUUUGAUAGCACGCUUGCCUAUUGUAACUCUAUAUGAAUCUGCAGACUUUGUACUGAUUCAGAUAGAGAGAUGGGCUAUAGUUACAGGUACCCAACAAUUAUUUAUCUUUGCUCCUUCCUUUUCAUUUCUCAAAUUCUUGUUCUGUUUUCUCAAGCAGCCAACAACAUCACACAAGGCCAAUUAGUGAGAGAUGGAGAAACAAUUCUCUCUUCUGGUGAAAACUUUGUAUUGGGUUUUUUCAGUCCUGCAAAUUCAACAUCUAGAUAUGUUGGGAUAUGGUACAACAAGGUUUCGGAGCAAACAGUCAUAUGGGUUGCCAACAGAGAGAGUCCGAUCUCUGGUGAAAAUGGAACCCUAACAGUUGGAAAUGAUGGAAAUCUAUUGAUUUCAGAUGGAAUGGGCAAUUCAGUCUGGUCGGCUAAUGCUUCAACUGUAUCAGGAAAUUCAACUGCAAUCCUUCAGGAUAGUGGUGAUCUUGUUCUCACCAAUGAUUCUAAUCAGGUCUUAUGGCAAAGCUUUGAUGAUCCAACGGAUACAUUUUUACCUGGCAUGAAGGCUUAUGCAAAUGCCCAAGCUGGCGAAAAUCGCGCCUUCACUUCUUGGAAGAGCGCUAAUGAUCCUUCGCCUGGAAAUUAUUCAAUGGGUAUUGAUCCUCGCGCAUCGCCACAGUUAUUGGUGUGGGAGCAUAAGAAUAGGAGGUGGAGGAGUGGGCACUGGGAUGGCCAAAUAUUUUUGGGUGUUCCUAGAAUGAAAUCUCUCUAUUCCUAUGGUUUCAAGCUUAACAAUGAUGGAGAUGGUCAGUACUUCACUUACACAACAAUAGAAAGUACUCAUAUUGUAAGGUUUAUGGUUACAUGGGAUGGAGUUGGACAGCAGCUGAUUUGGAACCAAAAGAACAAGAACUGGACUCUACUACAGAAAGAGCCUUUAGAUGAAUGCGAUGAAUAUAACGAGUGUGGGAAUUUUGGAAUGUGUACUGUGGGGGAUUCUAAAAAAUGCGCUUGUAUUGAAGGGUUUGAAGCCCAAUACAAAGAUCAAUGGAAUAAUGGAAAUUGGUCUGGUGGGUGUGUUAGGAGGACCACUUUGCAAUGUGAUAAUGGUACUAGCAGUGAUGGGUUUUUGGCAGUUGAUGGGGUGAAGUUUCCGGAUUAUGCUGAUACCGUGAUGGCAAAAAACACAAGCGAGUGUCACACCAAGUGUUUGACGAAUUGUUCUUGUAUUGCAUAUGCAUAUCUAGAUGGGAUUGACUGCAUGAUUUGGGGUGGUGAUUUACUUGAUGUUGAGCGUUUAGAAGAUGGUGGGGGAACAUUAUACGUGCGCGUUGCUGAGUCUGAAUUAGGUGGUAGUAGAAAAAUAUCCAAUCUUGCUAUAAUAAUGACGGUGGUACCAGGAACAGUCUUCUUGAUCAUAUCCAUUUGGCUACUAUGGAGGUCCAGAGCAAAAUUGAAAGCAGCACACUUAAAAAAAUGGCGGAAAAACCAUGAUCCUUCAAUGUUAACUGUGAGUAGAAGUAGAGAAUUUUCUGCAGAUUUUUCAGGACAAGAUGACCUAACAAUUGAUGGAAAGCAGGGCAGCGGACCAGAAUUACCAUUGUUCAGUUUCAAUUAUGUAGAGGUAGCCACAAAUUUUUUUGCAAAUGAAAACAAGCUAGGAAGAGGGGGAUUUGGUCCUGUAUUUAAGGGAACACUACCAGGGGGACAAGAAAUAGCUGUAAAGAGGCUUUCAAGGAGGUCCGGACAAGGCUUAGAGGAAUUUAAGAAUGAGUUGAUACUAAUUGCAAAAUUACAACACAGAAAUCUUGUAAGAUUGUUGGGCUGUUGCAUUGAAGGGGACGAAAAGAUACUGGUUUAUGAAUACAUGCCUAACAAAAGCUUGGAUUUCUUUCUUUUUGACCCUGCUAAGAAAGCACAACUAGACUGGAGGAUGCGCUUUACAAUUAUUGAAGGUAUUGCACGAGGAAUUCUUUAUCUUCAUCGAGAUUCAAGACUCAGAAUUAUUCAUAGAGAUCUUAAAGCUAGCAACAUAUUGUUGGAUGAAGAGAUGAACCCGAAAAUUUCAGACUUUGGCAUGGCCAGAAUAUUUGGAGGGAAUGAAAAUGAAACCGAAACAAACCGAGUUGUUGGCACAUAUGGCUAUAUGUCCCCUGAGUAUGCGAUGGACGGACUAUUCUCUGUGAAGUCUGAUGUCUAUAGCUUCGGGGUGUUGCUACUUGAGAUUGUAAGCGGCCAGAGGAACACUAGCUUUCACUUUAAUGAAUGCUCAAACCUUAUUCGAUAUGCAUGGAAGCUAUGGAAUGAUGGUAAAUCAAUGGAGCUGAUAGAUCCUUCCAUUGUGGAUUCAUGCUCUGAAGAUGAAGUUUUGAGAUGCAUACAUGUGGGGAUAUUGUGUGUGCAAGAGUCUGCAGUUUAUAGACCAAACAUGUCUUCUGUGGUACUAAUGUUGGAGAGUGAAAAUGCAAAAAUUCCAAUGCCUAAACAGCCCACUUUUACUUCAUUGAGUGUCUCUGGAGAGAUGGAUAUGGAAGAAGGUGAAGAAGUUGAAGAAGGUCAUGAUAAUGAUAUUACAUCCUCAAAUGAUGUAACAGUUACAGGUGUAAUUGGAAGGUACAAGAAAGUUGAUCCUCAUACAAUUUAAGGACUAUGAAGAACAUGUUCCUGUGAUGGCAUUAAAGUGAAGUUUUGAGUAACAGAACAAACACUUGGGAGUGUAAAUAUUGUCAAAUAUGAUGCUUCAUUUGAUUCUGGAUUCUCCGAUGGUGGUGGAGGAAUGAUUCUGAGAGACCACAAUGGCCUUCCAAUCAAAGUUGGAACUAUCUUUUUUCAGAAUGUUCUGAAUGCGGAUGAGCUUAAAGCUCCUUACUGGCUUGGGCUAUUCUGAUGUGGGAAUUGCAGGCGAUUGUCAGUCGGUUUGCUAUCUUGGCCCCCAGCAUCCUCUUGUUGCAAUUGUUCUGGAAAAUGUGAAAGUUUUGGUUUCAUCUUUUCAGUUUGUUCUCAAAUGGUCCUCUUGCUCAUUGAAUGGAGUCGCUCACGCUCUCUGUAAAUUGGCGCCCUAAGCGUAAAGCUGGUGAUUUGUUUUGGGAUGUCUGGCCAGCUUGGUUGAUGGCAGCCAUUGAGUGUGAUUUUGUUCAUGCCCCUGAUUUUGCUCUGUUUUGCUCUGUUUUUUUCUCUUGUGGGUUGUUCUGUUUUGCAUAUUUAUCUCAACAUUCACAUUUUUGCUUGUGUCACUUUGUAUCCUUGUUAGCUGCCCAAAAUUCUGUCCAAAUAAAUAACACUUUAAUUUCAAUGUUAAAGGGGACAGAUUGAUCACACAAUA